AGAAGUCACUUGGGUGUUUUUUUAGAGAGAGCAAGAGAGAGGGAGAGUUUUAGGAGACAGAAAAGAUGGCAAAGUGUUGUUAUGUGACUGUCAUGUUUGUCCUUGCAAUUGUGCUUCUUUUGCAGGCCAAUGCAAGGACUGUACCUGGUGACACUAAUGGUGUCAAUCAUGAGCAAACCAAUGUUGUGAAUGUGCCUAUUGCUAUGGCACCAAGAGGGAAGAGUGUGAAGGACAAGAAGUGUGGUGUUGCACUUGCCGGCAUCGGCGGUGCUGCCGGUGUUGGUGGGGUGCUUCCAAUUGGUGGGAUUGGGGGAAUAGGCGGUGCCGGUGGCAUCGGCGGGGCCGGUGGGAUCGGUGGUGCAAGUGGGCUUGGAGGGCUAGGUGGGCUAGGUGGGCUUGGUGGUGGUGUGGGUG